AUGGUAGCGUUAACAUAUGCUAUCUAUUUUGCUGCAAUAACUGCACUGGAAGAUGGUACCGAGGAGAUCACCCUUCCUCUAGGGAAGAAAGAUCUUUUGAAGCGCUACAGGCUCCCACUAGAGCGGCUUCUCAUCGACACAGAUGUUAUGAACAGCCCAGAGAUGACUUCAUUGCAGGCUCUCGCCAUUUUCAUUACUUGUAUACGGGUGAAUGAGACUGGUCGAAGCAUAUGGAUUCUGGUUGGACUCGCAAUCAGACUAGCACAAUCCAUCGGAUUACAUCGCGAUGGCGCCCGUCUUCGUCUGAGCCCUUUUGAAACAGAAAUGCGUCUCCGCCUAUGGUGGUAUCUUUGUUCUCUCGACUCCCGAGCUCCGGAGGACCAUGGAUUUGAACCCGUGGUAGACGUAGUGAAUGCCCACUUACGACUUCCUCUGAACAUCAAUGACGAUCAACUCUACCCAAGUAUGACCGAACUCCCAGCCGAGAGCGACGGUUGGACGGAGAUGUCAUUCUUCCUCGUUCAAACACAAGCAUGCAGGCUCAUGCAUCCAGUUAUCGGGACUCGACGGCACAGCUCCACAGAUACGCUUGCUGAUAUUGCAGAAAAGCGAAAGUUUCUCACAGAGCGCGGUCAAGCCUUGAGGGAAAAAUAUGGUUUUCAAUCUGAAACACCUACUGAGCUAUGCCGUAUUGCAUUCCAGCAUUGCAAUACUGCUCGCUACAAGAUGAACUUCAUACUACAACUGCGGGAGGAAGUGGCCACUCAAAGGCAGGAUGGCUUACAGAGAGACGAGGAUAGCGCGCACAAGCUAUCAUUCAAAAUAGCAUGCGACGAGCUGGAAAGCCAUCGUACUUGUACAAAAGGCAGCCUUGCUUCCAGGUUCAAAUGGCUGUUUCCCGCAUUUACGCAGUGGUACGCACUAGCCUACGUUCUACGUUGCCUAUGUACCUCAUCCAAUAUCCCUGAUGCUGAUUACGUCUGGGACCUGAUUGAGGACACUUUUCCUCAAUACAUGCGGCACAAUGAUCAAUCGGCCACCGCGCCGGAUGCCAAUAAGCAAUCCACAAUUUGGAAGUGUCUGUCCAGGUUAAGACAUCAAGCUUUACUUCUGAGGAACUCACAGUCCUCGGUUGGAGGUCGGAUUGCUCAAAGUGUUGGGCUUGAAACAGGUCAAAUGGAAGGUCAACCGAUUUUCUCUCGGCAGAACAUAUUCAAUCGCAAUGGGGACCCCAUAUCUGAGUCCGACCAGAAUGCUGUCUCUUCUUUGGACUUUUUAUCGUCAGAUCCUCAGUUCCUAUCUGAUUGGAAUGCUGUUAUGAACAGCUGUCUGAUAGAUGAAGAUGAUAUGAACAUGAUGUGA